AUGAGUAUUCCAGAUUUUCGCGUAGUUGUUGCUAUUGCUCAUUGUGUAAAUCCAGAUAUCACUGUAAACGAGUCAUGGCCUGGACGUGACAAAACACGAUUUAAAGCUCCAAAAAACAACACUGUAUUACAAUACGAUGAUAAUUCAUGGGAUGUAAUUGCAUGGGGAUAUGAAGCAUUGGCUCGAGAGCCAAGGAAAAAAAUUAGGAUUGUUUCAAAACCGGAACCAAAACCAGUAGAACGUUUUAAAUUGCAUCUCGCGGAUUUAAAAGAUUCCGACAAACCCUAUCUCCCGCCAAACUUAGAUUAUCGAAAAGCAAUUUCAGACUUCCUAAAAUCAAUGAAACCACUGAUUUUGGAAACUCUUGUAAAUAUUUGGCCCAAUUUAAAAUUUCCUGAGCACGUAAGAUUGGUUUUUACUAUCCCGGCUGAAUGGAGUCCUGAAGCAAUUGGAAUAUUACAAGAUUGUAUACUUAAAGCAGGUUAUACGACAAAAAAUUCGAAGAAUAAUUUAGAGUUUACUACUGAACCCGAAGCUGCAGCAUUAUACUGUAUGGAGAAGUUGGAAGAACUUCGGUUAAGUGAAGGAUCAACUUUCAUGGUGGUAGAUUGUGGAGGUGGUACAGUUGAUUUGACAGUCAGAAAGUUAUUAUCCAAAAAUAAAUUAUCGGAAAUUACAGAACGUAGUGGGGACCUUUGUGGUUCAACUUAUGUUGAUGAUGAAUUUAUUGUUUUUUUGGAAAAUAAAUUUGGGUUUGGAGCUCUUGAUGAAUUUAGAAGAAACCAUUAUGAUCAAUAUCAAUAUCUAAUUCUCAAUUUCUUUUGUCCAAGGGUUAAAUUUGGAUUUGAUGGCAAUAACUCAAGUUUUAGAACAAUUGAUUUGGACAUUGAGAAAUUUUGUCCUGCUCUUAUGAAAUAUGUAAAUGAUGACAUUAAAGAAGAAAUGGAGCAAGAAAGCUUUACCGUAACUGAAACCUAA